AUAAAUAUGGUUUUCCCUCUAGACCUCCACAGCUCAGAUCAUUGGUGUUCCCGCUUUGGAUCCUAUCUCUCUAUCUUUUUCUUUUCUCUUUUAACUCUCACCCACUUUUUUAUUUUUAUUUUUCCUUCAUUCCCUCUGCCUUUCUCUAGUCUAUUUAUAUAUCAAUUUAACAGUUGAAAUCGAUCGUUCGGGCUUCAAAACCAGGAGGAGCUAACAGAAAAAGCUCUUUCUCCUACUAUUGCUGGCUGAAAGAGGCAUCAUCAUCAUUAUCGUCUUCUUUUCCUUUAAUUUCUCUUCUUCUGUUUCACUACUUCCUUCUUCUUGUGUUCGGGAGCUAAGAAUUCCGUCCCAAGAGAUAUGUCUAUGUCGACCUGCAUCAAUCUUCAGUCUGAGCAAGUCUGCUACAUCCCUUGCAACUUUUGCAACAUCAUUCUAGCGAGUCCUUUGAUGAGAAGAGAAGAUAUGGAGGUGAGCGUUCCAUGCAGCAGCUUGUUCGACAUCGUGACCGUUCGAUGCGGUCAUUGCACUAACCUUUGGUCAGUGAACAUGGCAGCGGCGCUGCAGUCGCUGUCGUGGCAAGAUCUCCAGACACCAAGUUUCACUUCUCCGGACUACAGGAUUGACCUGGGAUCCUCUUCAAAAUGCAACAAGGUUGCGAUGAGACCACCACCACCUGCCAAUAGCGAGCAAAGGAUUGUAAAUCGCCCAGAAAAGAGGCAGCGAGUACCAUCCGCAUAUAAUCAGUUCAUAAAAGAAGAGAUUCAGAGGAUCAAGGCUAAUAAUCCAGAAAUCAGCCACAGGGAAGCAUUCAGCACUGCAGCAAAAAAUUGGGCACAUUUCCCUCAUAUUCAUUUUGGGUUGAUGUUGGAGAACAAAAACCAAGCUAAACUGGAUGAGGGAUCAGAUAGGCAUCUAAUGACAAAGGCAGCAGCGAUAUUGAACAAAUGAUAGAUUGUUCACAAUUUCCCUUUUCUAGCCAUAACCAAGUGUUAUAAGUAAAUGGAGCCUUGAUUCUGCCAAGUAUCUUAUAUGUUGUAUAAGGAGAUUAAAACUUAAUCUUCCUUGUUUGUGUGUUUUAAGUUGAUUAAGACAUAAUAUUUGUUUAUGUUGAAGUAAACUAGUUCGUUUUAAUUUCCCCAUCAA